ACGGGGAAAAAAGAAAGAAGGAACCCAGCAAAGCAAACCGAGUCCACCACACCACCGCACCACACCAAACGAUCAGGCAGUGGAGUGACGGUGGCAACACCCUCGGCUCCAUCCAUCCCGAGUCCCGUCACGCGAAGCAACGCGACGCCGCGCCCGUGCCCUGCGGCCGCGCGGUGGCCGUAGAUGGAUCUCCCGCCGCUCUCCCACCAGGCGCUCUUCGCGGCCGUCCGAUCCGCCGACGCGGGGGCCGUCCGCGCCCUCCUGGCCGACGCCGAGGCGUCGGGCACCUCGCCCGCGCUCGCCGCGGCGCAGACGGACGCCGGGGAGACGGCGCUGUACGUCGCAGCAGAGGCCGGGAGCGAGGAGGUCGUGCGCCUGCUCCUCCCGCUCUACGGCUUCGAGGCCGCCACCGUCCGCUCCCGCCUCGACCUCGACGCCUUCCACGUCGCCGCAAAGCAAGGGCGCACCGGGGUUGUGAAAGAGUUCUUAGGGCGGUGGCCGGCACUCUGCUCAGUAUGUGACUCUUCCAACACUAGUCCACUUUACUCUGCUGCUGUAAAGGAUCACCUGGAUGUGGUUAAUGCUAUACUGGACACUGAUGAUAGCUGCAUAAGGAUUGUGCGGAAAAAUGGGAAGACAUCACUACAUACUGCUGCAAGAAUUGGAUACCAUCGCAUUGUCAAAGCACUCAUAGAGAGGGAUCCAGGGAUCGUUCCGAUCAGGGAUAGGAAGGGACAAACUGCACUUCACAUGGCUGUGAAAGGUAAAAAUACAGAUGUAGUGGAAGAGUUGCUGAUGGCUGAUGUUUCCAUCCUCAAUGUGCGUGACAAGAAGGGAAAUACAGCUUUGCACAUAGCUACACGAAAAUGGAGGCCCCAGAUGGUGCAACUUCUGCUUAGCUAUGAGUCACUUGAAGUCAAUGCUAUCAAUAAUCAAAAUGAAACAGCCAUGGAUUUGGCUGAGAAAGUUCCUUAUGGUGAGUCUAAAAUGGAAAUAAUGGAGUGGCUGUCGGAGGCUGGAGCAAAGAAUGCCAGAAAUGUGGGGAAAAUUGAUGAGACGUCAGAACUAAGGAGAACUGUGAGUGAUAUCAAGCACAAUGUUCUGGCUCAACUUAACGAGAAUGCUAAGACCAAUAAACGAGUGACAGGGAUUGCCAAAGAGUUGCGUAAACUGCACAGAGAAGCUGUUCAGAACACCAUCAAUUCGGUCACCAUGGUAGCAACCCUGAUUGCCUCCAUUGCAUUUGUUGCCAUAUUCAAUUUGCCAGGUCAAUACUUCCAAGAUGUGACUGAGGGGGAAGACAUUGGCGAGGCUCAUAUAGCCAAGCUUACUGGUUUUCGCGUUUUCUGUCUUCUUAAUGCCACUGCUCUUUUCAUUUCCCUUGCGGUGGUCGUGGUGCAGAUCACCUUGGUUGCCUGGGAAACUGGUGCCCAGAAGGAAGUUAUCAAGAUCGUAAAUAAGCUUAUGUGGAUAGCAUGCCUGAGUACAUGCGCAGCUUUUAUCUCACUGGCCUAUGUUGUAGUUGGCCCACAACAUGCCUGGAUGGCAUUCACUAUAUCAGCCAUCGGAGGGCCGAUCAUGAUUGGAACCCUCCUGUUCCUAGCCUAUUUGUUGUUGCGCCCACGAUUCAAAUUUGGCGAAGAUAGACAGCGACGCAUCAAGAGGGCAAGCGGCAGCAAAUCCUUCUCCUGGUCCCUCCAUGAUGGUUUUUCUGACCUGGAGGCCUUCUCUGACCAUGAGAAGAGAAUCUAUGCCCUGUAGGGAGUAACUACUCUUGUUGUAGCUGCAUGUAACAUUAAGAACAGGCAAUUGGGAGAAUACAGAUGGUCCAUGUAUAUAUUUGAUGUAGUUGUUUUAGGUCUGUGGUGAGGCACCGCAAGCGGACCUUCCCCCGCAGUGAUGGCUUGUGUACUUGGAACUUAAACUCUUGGUGAUGUACAAUACUUCAGGAUGAAGCCUGCACCUACGGGAGUGUGCCAGCAUGGUGACAAUAUUAACCAUGUACUGAGCAGCACAAGAGCCUGAAAUUGUUGCCCCCUUCUGAAAUGCCUGUACAUUGUGCUUACGUUUUUCUUCCUUUUAAACAAAAGUACAAUCUCAAAAAGGGGACAUGUUUGGGUA